GACAAUUGCCUGCAUCUUACGGUUCACGACUGUGCUACAGAAUUGUAAUGAUCUAUCACCUCCAUCAUUAACAAUGCUUUUAAUUGUUACUUUUCAAUUAAAAGUAUAUAAAUUAUACUUUAACACCAUCGUGCUGUGAUUUAUUCCUCGCGUACUUUGAUAGUACCUCCAGGAAUGUCGCUAAAGCAAAAGUUUUCUGAAGGUGAAAAAGUGCUGUGUUUUCAUGGUCCACUUAUCUAUGAAGCUAAAUGUCUGAAGACCACAAUCACCAAGGAUAAACAAUCUAAGUAUUUUAUUCAUUAUGCUGGUUGGAAUAAAAACUGGGAUGAAUGGGUACCAGAGACCAGAGUUCUCAAAUACAAUGAAGCUAAUCUCAUGAAGCAAAAGGAGGUACAGAAAGCACAUCAAACCCAACCAAACAAAGCUAAGAAACUUAAAUUAAGGAAGUCUGAUGCUAAAGAUACUGAUUCCCGAUCAAGCACACCAGUGAAUGAUCCUCCAAAGACAGGAAAACAUAAACUGCCAAGUACACCAUCCAGUGGUGAUUCUGGUUCAGAUGUGCCAAAAAAGAAAAGAAGCAAAUUUGAUCCAUCAGUAGAAACAGAGGAACAAUUCUUAAAUAAGGUAGAAAUUAAAGUCAAAAUCCCUGAUGAAUUAAAGCCAUGGCUUGUGGAUGACUGGGACGCUAUUUCAAGACAGAAGAAAUUAGUCAAUCUUCCAGCCAAGGUGACAGUAGAAGGCAUCUUGGAGAAUUAUGUCAACUACAAGAAAUCCUGCAAAUCUACCAAUGCAAGCAAGGAAAGUGCCAUCAAUGAGAUGGUAACUGGCAUUAAAGAAUAUUUUAAUGUGAUGCUAGGCACUCAGCUUCUGUACAAAUUUGAAAGACCCCAGUACACUGAAAUUCUUCAGAAUCAUCCAGAGACUCCUAUGUGUAAUGUCUAUGGUGCUGUGCACCUGCUGAGACUGUUUGUAAAGCUGGGGCCUUUGUUGGCUUAUACACCACUAGAUGAGAAGAGUGUAAUGCUGCUGGUGCAGAAUGUACAAGACUUUCUGAAAUUUUUAAUCAAAAACAGCUCAACGUUGUUUCACUUAAACGAUUACACUAAUGCUACACCGGAAUAUCACAGAAAAGCGCUGUAAAGACGAAUGCUGAUAUUUAUUGAUUGUUACUUCUAGUUUUACUUAUCUGAAUGAUGUUUUUAAGCAUAUUUGCUCAUUUGAUUGGUUAAUAAUUUGAAGAAUGCAAUCAAUUAUUACUAUUAUAUUAUACACAAGUCAGUAUUGAUAAAAUGAAGGUUUAGUUGAAGUAAUUGAUUUUUGGAUGUAAUAAUUAAACAGUUCAUGUAAUUCAGAA